AUGGCUGGAUACAUUCAACCAAAUUCAUCGAGAAACAAUUGGACUGCCUUGAGUGAAAGCGCUUUUCAAAUGGAUGACUGCAACAAUCAAUUAUAUCAUGUAUACGAAUCUUCCAAAACUCAAAAACCUUUCCAGGCACCACAAGUGUCACAAACGAAUAACUGCUUUCAGACUGUGUUUGUGGACGAUGCUUUUGGCAAUGAUACAUCAAAUGGAACGAUCGAUCAUGCAUUAAAAACAAUCGUAGGAGCAUUAUCUCUCACACGUCGCAUACGUGCCAUGUAUGGUAACAAUGUCACAUUGUGUAUUACUCUACGAGGUGGUACAUACUAUUUCGGAGCGAAUGCUACUACACGUAGCAGUCAGAUCGGUGUUGUAGCAUUGACAAGCAAUGAUAGUAAUCUAAUCAUUGAAAACUAUCAAGAUGAGCGUGUAGUAUUGAGUGGUGGGAUACGUUUAAAUCUACAAUGGUCUGUUUAUGCCAAGUUGUCGAACGGUGGUACCAUUAUGAAGAGUCUUGUACCACCUGAGAUCAAUCUUGAUGAAUUCAAUGAAUUAUAUAUUGACGACCGAAGAGCCAUUGUCGCUAAAUAUCCGAAUGGUGAUCCUUCAACACAAGGUUUGUAUGCGAAACAGCCAGGAUUCGCUUUCGACGCAGAACUUUGGUGGCCUUCAGGAUUUAAUCGAAGCCAAGAAAUUCAUAUUGAC